UCAAACCUUAAAUAAACUGUUUUAUUUUAAUAUAAAUAAUAAUGUAUUGUUUUAAUUUAAAUAAGACUUGUAUGUCUUUGUGCUCGCAGAGAGACAUGGCAUACAAACUCUAUUAUCUGGGAACAAACGUUGUCACCAAACCCAUUGAUUCCCUUGGGUUCUUCGCUUUGACUCAAGGAUUCUAAUGGCGGGUUUGGGUGCUCUUUUGUUUGAGAAUUAGACUUUAAUAGGGUUAGAUUCUUUUUUUAUCCUUAGAAUUUAAUUGUUUUAGAUUUUUGGAUCUCAAUUUUAAGCUGUGGUUCAAAGGAUUUUACAAGUUUUUAUCAUCCACUUGCCUUGAGAAACUGGAAGGAAAUAAAGAAAGCUUGGUUUCAUGAGAUUAGUAUUGAAGUGAAGGUGUAAUUUGUGUUAGUUUGAAGAGUUAUAACUAUGUUAUUGUGGUAAAAGGGGUCAUUUGUUUCUGCAUUCUCAAGGGUAGGGGAGAGGUGGGUAAAUAAAGGAUUUUAUUUGAGGUGAAAGGGGCAGUUUUUAUGGAUUCAAGGGAAAAUGACUUUGAAUUUGAUAUUGAAAGUGGUGGGACAACUAAUGAAGAGGAGGCAAGCAAGGAUCUUGGCUCAAGCAAGAGACAAGUGAAGAAAAUUCUCAAAAAGGUUUCCAGUGGGAUUUUGAAUUUCAAUGGUGCAAUUACACAUGAGUGUGGCAUUAGCUCGAGUAGUAAUAUGGUGAAAUCUGGCGGUGUUGUGGAUGUUGGUGUAGAGUUGUUGAUAGACAAGAGUUCAGAAGAGGAAGAGAGUCGAGACCAAGUGGUUGUUGUUGAGAAGAUGUGCAUAGGAGAGAAGCAUAAGAAGAAUUCUAGGAAGCCUCCCAAACCGCCAAGACCUCCUAAAGGCCCAUCAUUGGAUGCUGCUGACCGGAAGUUGGUUAGGGAGCUCGCUGAUGUUGCCAUGAGAAAGCGUGCAAGGAUUGAAAGAAUAAAGGCACUGAAGAAAGUGAAAGCAGGCAAGGGAUCAUCUUUGAACAGUGGACUAUCUGCCAUGGUCAUCACACUUGUCUUCUUCCUCGUCAUAACUUUUCAAGGAUUAAGCUCCAGAAGCAGCGUAACCGCGGGAUUACCUGGGUCCCCUGAGCCAGCAGUGGCCACAAGUGAAAGUUUGAUUUCGGUUCAGUUUUACAAGGACCCUUUUGCCUUCAAUAGCAAUGGAUCUAGUUCUGGCUCUAGUAGUUUUGCAGAAGAGCAGCAGGCAGCUGGUUGAGGUCCUGGGGAAGAAGCGGUUAAAAUUGCUAGAUUAUAUGAAGUCUUUGAAGAUGUCAUCAUAUGAAAUGCUCACAUCUGGGGUAUCAUGCGUAGCAGCUCAUUUAGACUUGAUUUUUCCUCGAUUUCAAAAUAUUGAGUCUAUGCUUGCCUAUUUUGGCUUCUGACUUCUCUACACUUGUAUAUACCAGAAAGCUCCAGUAGAUGUUUGUAAAAGUAGGAGGAUUCGUUUUGGCCUGUUUACUUUACCUAUAUACAAAAAAAGAAUAUAUAUAUAUAUAUAUAUAUAUAUUUAUAAUUUAUUAAACUUA